CACAGGGCCGUCCUGCUGACAAGGGGGAGUUCUCGCGAGACAAGCGGGUGCCGCGGCUCUUGCGCUCAGGGGUCCAGCAGCAGCCGUCACUCUGUAGUAAGGGCUUCGGGCUGGUGUAAGAUGGCGGCGGCGUCCGGAGCUCGGAGCUGAACGUACCAGUUAGAAUUGCGUUCUGAGGACAUCUUCCUAUUUGGGUUCCUGUUUCCUCGUAUUUUCUGGACAAAACUUGAGGCCUUGCAACAGUGUUUUUCAAUGCAGCUUGCUGCUCCUUUCUCGUGCCCUGCUGGUUCCAGCUAGACUGACAGAAUCUGACAAUUCUGAAGAUGAAGGUAGACAGGACGAAGCUGAAGAAGACACCAACAGAGGCGCCUGCAGAUUGCAGGUCUCUGAUUGACAAACUCAAAGUCUGUACAGAUGAGCAGCUUCUGCUGGAACUACAGCAGAUCAAAACAUGGAACAUUGGAAAGUGCGAGCUCUAUCACUGGGUGGACUUGUUGGAUCGCUUCGAUGGGAUACUAGCUGACGCUGGGCAGACUGUGGAGAGUAUGUCUUGGAUGCUGGUGUGUGACAGACCGGAGAAGGAGCAGCUGAAGGCCCUUCUGCUGGCAGUCCUCAACUUCACUGCCUUGCUUAUCGAGUACAGCUUCUCUCGGCACCUCUACAGCUCCAUCGAGCACCUGACGACACUGCUUGCCUCCUCGGAUAUGCAAGUAGUACUGGCUGUGCUAAACCUUCUCUAUGUCUUCAGCAAGAGAUCCAAUUACAUCACACGCUUGGCCUCUGACAAACGAACGCCGCUGUUAUCACGCCUCCAGCAUCUAGCAGAGAGUUGGGGAGGAAAGGAGAACGGCUUUGGGCUCGCAGAGUGCUGUAAAGACAUGCAGAUGUCGAAAUACCCACCCAGCGCGACAACUCUUCAUUUUGAAUUUUAUGCAGAGCCCGGGUCUGAAGUGAAAGUGGAAAAAAGGACGUCCAGUAACACACUACAUUAUAUACACAUAGAAGAGCUAGAUAAGAUUUCUGAAAGUCCCUCUGAGAUCAUGGAGUCUCUCACUAAAUUGCACAGCAUUCCUAAGGAUAAGCAGAUGCUUUUAUUUACCCACAUACGACUGGCACAUGGCUUUUCUAAUCACAAGAAGAGACUACAAGCAGUACAGGCCAGACUGCAUGCUAUUUCUAUACUAGUUUAUUCUAAUGCCUUGCAAGAGUCUGCAAACAGUAUACUCUACAAUGGAUUAAUAGAGGAAUUAGUAGAUGUUCUGCAGAUAACUGAUAAACAACUCAUGGAUAUCAAGGCAGCAUCUCUGAGAACCUUGACCUCUAUCGUUCACUUGGAAAGAACACCCAAACUAAGCAGCAUCAUAGACUGCACUGGUACUGCCUCUUACCACGGCUUCUUACCUGUUCUUGUCCGAAACUGUAUUCAAGCUAUGAUAGACCCCACCAUGGAGCCAUACCCUCACCAGUUUGCUACGGCUCUCUUCUCGUUCUUGUAUCACCUUGCCAGUUAUGAUGCCGGUGGUGAGGCACUGGUUUCUUGUGGCAUGAUGGAAGCACUUUUAAAGGUGAUCAAGUUCCUAGGAGACGAGCAGGACCAGAUCACUUUUGUGACGCGCGCUGUAAGGGUUGUUGACCUCAUUACAAACCUAGACAUGGCUGCCUUUCAGUCUCACAGUGGGCUGUCAAUAUUCAUUUACCGACUGGAGCAUGAAGUUGAUUUGUGCAGGAAAGAGUGUCCAUUUGUCAUUAAACCAAAAAUUCAACGCCCAAGCACUGUUCAGGAAGGAGAAGAGAUGGAAACGGACAUGGAAGUUUCUGAUGUGGCCAUGGAAAGCAGCCCUGGUCCCUCCACGUCUACGGAACACCGGCCUGUGACCACAAGCAGUAGUGUUGGGAAUAUAGUAAUGCCACGCUCCGGAGUGCAGUGCAUUCCCCAAAGAGCCGCCUUGCUGAAAUCUAUGCUUAAUUUUUUGAAGAAAGCAAUUCAGGAUCCAGCUUUCUCAGAUGGAAUCCGUCAUGUGAUGGACGGAACUCUUCCCACAUCCCUGAAACACAUAAUCAGUAAUGCAGAAUAUUAUGGACCGUCUCUCUUCUUGCUGGCUACUGAAGUGGUUACGGUCUUUGUGUUUCAAGAGCCUUCGCUGCUGUCUUCUCUCCAGGACAAUGGUCUUACGGAUGUAAUGUUGCACGCCCUCCUUAUCAAAGAUGUAAGGGAUGCCAAUUUCUCUGCUUGUCUCUAUCUGGCCACAUUAUCUGAUACAAUCUUGGUACCUGCUACCCGGGAAGUUCUGGGCUCCCUUCCCAAUGUUUUCAGUGCACUUUGUCUGAAUGCCCGUGGUUUGCAGUCCUUUGUGCAGUGCCAACCUUUUGAGAGACUUUUUAAAGUGUUGUUAUCGCCAGACUACCUACCUGCGAUGAGGCGGCGGCGCAGCUCGGAUCCUUUAGCUUUGACCUCUCUCCGGUCUCCUGCAGGCGAUACAGCCUCUAACCUGGGCAGUGCUGUCGAUGAACUGAUGAGGCACCAGCCCACGUUAAAAACAGAUGCCACCACUGCUAUUAUUAAGCUUUUAGAAGAAAUAUGCAAUCUUGGUAGGGACCCAAAAUAUAUAUGUCAAAAGCCAUCAAUACAAAAGGCUGAUGGAACAGCCACUGCUCCUCCCCCACGCUCUAACCAUGCUGCUGAGGAGGCUUCCAGUGAGGAUGAAGAGGAGGAGGAGGUACAAGCUAUGCAGAGCUUCAGCACGAAUCAGCAGAGUGAAGUUGAACCAAGCCCGCAUGUGGUGGGAACAGAGGAAAGAAUUCCAAUUCCCCUCAUGGAUUAUAUUCUCAAUGUGAUGAAAUUUGUGGAAUCAAUACUGAGCAACAACACAACAGAUGAUCAUUGCCAGGAGUUUGUGAGUCAAAAGGGUCUGCUACCUCUGGUCACUAUCCUGGGCCUUCCUAACCUACCUAUUGACUUCCCUACCUCUGCUGCCUGCCAGGCUGUUGCUGGAGUGUGCAAGUCCAUAUUAACUUUAUCUCAUGAGCCCAAAGUUCUCCAGGAAGGGCUCCUUCAGCUGGACUCUAUUCUUUCCUCACUGGAUCCUCUGCAUCGACCCAUUGAGUCACCUGGUGGAUCUGUACUCUUACGUGAAUUGGCAUGUGCUGGUAAUGUUGCAGAUGCCACCCUCUCUGCUCAGGCCACCCCAUUGCUUCAUGCACUCACAGCAGCCCAUGCCUACAUCAUGAUGUUUGUCCACACAUGCCGAGUGGGACAGAGUGAGAUCCGCGCCAUCUCUGUGAACCAAUGGGGAUCUCAGUUAGGACUCAAUGUUUUGAACAAGCUCAGCCAACUGUAUUGCUCCUUGGUGUGGGAAAGCACUGUUUUACUCUCUCUCUGUACUCCUAAUAGUUUGCCCUCUGGGUGUGAGUUUGGUCAAGCAGACAUGCAGAAACUUGCUCCCAAGGAAGAGAAGACUGCGAGUACGUUACCCCAAGGAGCAAAGAGGGCAGAUGGUGAGGUCGAAAGCUCAGCUUCCAGUGAAGAAACUACAGGUCUGCUAGAAGGCAUUGGGUUGGAUGGAGACACCCUGGCUCCCAUGGAAACCGAUGAACCAAGCACUUCCGACCCAAAGGGUAAACCGAAAAUCACCCCUGCAAUGGCUGCCAGAAUUAAACAGAUCAAGCCGCUGCUGUCAGCGUCCUCGAGGCUAGGUCGGGCCUUAGCUGAGCUCUUCGGUCUCCUGGUUAAACUUUGUGUGGGCUCUCCUGUCCGACAAAGGAGAAGUCACCAUGCAGCUAGCACCACCACAGCUCCUACACCGGCUGCACGGUCAACUGCAUCUGCCCUGACAAAAUUACUUACCAAAGGUCUUUCAUGGCAACCUCCUCCCUACACGCCUACACCAAGGUUCAGGUUAACAUUUUUCAUCUGUUCUGUUGGUUUCACGUCACCCAUGUUGUUUGAUGAGCGAAAAUAUCCGUAUCACCUGAUGCUCCAGAAAUUCCUGUGUUCUGGUGGUCACAAUGCACUUUUUGAAACUUUCAACUGGGCCCUUUCCAUGGGUGGUAGAGUGCCUGUCUCUGAGGGAUUGGAGCAUCCUGACCUGCCAGAUGGUACUGGGGAAUUUUUAGAUGCCUGGCUUAUGCUGGUGGAGAAGAUGGUAAACCCCACAACAGUUUUGGAGUCUCCACAUUCUCUACCUCCCACCAAGCUACCUGGAGGACAGAACUUCCCUCAGUUUAGUUCCUUGCGCUUUCUCGUGGUCACCCAGAAGGCAGCCUUCACUUGUCUAAAGAACUUGUGGAGUCGGAAGCCAUUGAAAGUGUAUGGAGGCCGAAUGGCGGAGUCCAUGCUUGCCAUAUUGUGUCACAUUCUUCGUGGUGAGCCAGUGAUUCGUGAGCGUCUGAGUAAAGAGCGAGAAGGCAGUCGGGAGGAAGAAGGCGGGCAGCCGGAUGAGAGCGGCGCGAGACGGGAGCCUCAAGUCAACCAGCAACAACUUCAGCAGGUGCUUAUGGAUAUGGGUUUCACUCGUGAGCAUGCAAUGGAAGCUCUUCUCAACACAAGCACCAUGGAGCAAGCUACUGAAUACCUUCUAACCCACCCCCCUCCUCUCAUUGGUGGAGUUGUGCGGGACUUGAGUAUGUCAGAGGAAGAUCAGAUGCUGAGAGCCAUUGCCAUGUCGUUGGGACAAGAUAUCCCUAUGGAACAGAGGGCAGAGCUGCCCGAGGAAACUGCUCGCCGAAAAGAGGAGGAGGAGCGCAAGGCACGGGAAAAACAAGAGGAAGAGGAGGCCAAAUGUCUUGAGAAGUUUCAGGAUGCAGAACCUCUGGAGCAGGAUGAGCUUCAUGGCUUCACAGACAGCAUGCUACCUGGCUGCUUCCAUCUGCUGGAUGAGCUGCCAGAUACAGUUUACCGUGUCUGUGACCUGAUUAUGACUGCCAUAAAGCGGAAUGGGGCAGACUAUCGGGACAUGAUUCUCAAGCAAGUGGUUAAUCAGGUGUGGGAAGCAGCUGAUGUUCUAAUUAAGGCAGCCCUUCCGCUGACUACCAACGACACCAAAACUGUGUCAGAAUGGAUUAGCCAGAUGGCUACUCUUCCUCAGGCUUCUAAUUUGGCCACUCGCAUCCUCUUACUGACUCUGCUUUUUGAGGAGUUGAAGCUGCCAUGUGCCAGAGUUGUAGAAACAAGCGGGAUCCUUAAUGUAUUGAUUAAGCUGCUAGAAGUGGUUCAGCCUUGUCUGCAGGCGGCAAAGGAGCAGAAAGAGGUGCAGACUCCAAAGUGGAUUACUCCUGUCCUUCUGCUUAUAGAUUUCUAUGAGAAGACCUCCAUUUCUUCCAAGAGGAGAGUGCAAAUGAACAGGUAUCUGCAAUCAAAUGGUAACAACUGGCGUUGGUUUGAUGACAGAUCAGGACGUUGGUGCAGCUACAGUGCUAGCAACAACAGUACCAUCGACACAGCCUGGAAAGCUGGGGAGACAUGUGUGCGUUUUACAGCCGGCCGCCGGAGAUACACUGUGCAGUUUACAACCAUGGUCCAGGUAAAUGAGGAGACUGGAAACCGGCGUCCGGUUAUGUUGACUCUGCUGCGCGUUCCACGACUGCUGAAAAGCGGCAAGAACGGGAAUGGCCAGGAACUGGAGAAGACCUUGGAAGAAGGCAAAGAAGUUGAAGCCAAACAAAAGGAGGAGAAGGUGGCUGAGGCUCCUCCUGUUCCAGAAAACCCUGCCACAGAGAAGGAGUCUCCAGCUGAAGAGCCUAAAGUUGGGGACAUAGUGAUCCAGGGUCUAACGGAAGAGAUGGUGACCGUGCUGAUUCGUUCAUGUGUUAGCAUGCUUGGGGUUCCUGUGGAUCCUGACACCUUACACGCCACUCUCCGACUCUGCCUGCGCCUAACCCGUGACCACAAAUACGCCAUGAUGUUUGCUGAGCUGAAGAGUACGCGCAUGAUCCUCAGCUUGACUCAAAGCUCUGGGUUUAAUGGCUUCACCCCAUUAGUUACCCUCCUCUUCAGGCAUAUCAUAGAGGAUCCGUGCACUUUACAGCAUACUAUGGAAAAGGUUGUACGGUCUGCAGCCACCAGUGGAGCUGGAAGCACGACAUCUGGGGUAGUGUCAGGAAGCCUGGGGUCUCGAGAAAUUAACUACAUCCUGAGAGUACUGGGCCCAGCUGCUUGCCGAAAUCCUGACAUCUUCACAGAGGUAGCGAAUGGCUGCAUUAGGAUAGCUCUGCCUGCCCCUCGUGGAUCAGGAACCGCAUCUGAUGACGAAUUUGAGAAUCUUCGAAUAAAAGGUCCUAAUGCAGUGCAGUUGGUGAAGACCACACCUGUGAAGCCAUCUACGCUACCAGUCAUCCCUGAUACGAUAAAGGAUGUCAUAUAUGACAUGUUGAAUGCACUAGCAGCUUACUAUGCCCCUGAGGAAGUUGCUGAGAAAUCUGAGCAAAAGCCUGUGGGUAUCAACCAAGUCAGUCAGAUUUUGCAAGACAUGGGGGAUGAGGUUUUCCAGCAGUACCGAGACCUCACCAGGCAAGGCAGUGACUUUGAUCCCCAGGGUAGUUUUUCCCUCAAUGCUCGAGUCUUCACUGCUGAUAGUUCAUCUACUGAGACACCACAGACUGGAACACCUCAAGGGGAAGCACUUACCCCAGAGGAGAACCGUGAAGGAGGCAAGAAGGAUAAAGAAGGGGACCACAAUUCAGAAGAAGUUAAGCAGAAGGCAAAAGGCAGCAAACCUUUAUUGCCCACUUCUACCAUACUUCGACUUUUGGCUGAGUUGGUCAGAUCAUAUGUGGGGAUUGCCACACUUAUUGCGAACUACAACUACACAGCAGGGCAGUCUGAGCUCAUCAAAGAGGAUUGCAGUGUGCUGGCUUUUGUCUUGGAUCAUCUCCUUCCCCACACUCAGAAUGCUGAGGAUAAAGACACUCCAGCCCUGGCACGCCUGUUUCUAGCUAGCCUGGCUGCUGCUGGAAGUGGCACAGAUGCCCAAGUGGCGCUAGUGAAUGAAGUUAAAGCUGCACUGGGUCGUGCACUGGCUAUGGCUGAGAGUACAGAGAAGCAUGCUAGGUUACAGGCUGUGAUGUGUAUUAUUAGCACCAUCAUGGAAUCCUGCCCAUCCACGUCGAGCUUCUACAGCAGUGCCACCACCAAAUCCCAGCACAAUGGCAUGAACAACAUAAUUCGCCUCUUCCUAAAGAAGGGUCUCGUCAGUGAUUUGGCAAGGGUACCGCACAGUCUGGAUCUGUCAAGUCCAAACAUGGCAAAUACUGUAAAUGCGGCACUCAAGCCCUUGGAGACACUGUCUCGCAUAGUCAACCAACCAAGCAGCCUGUUUGGGAGCAAAGGGGCCUCGGGAAAGAACAAAUCUGAGCAAGACACUCAUGGAGCUGCUAGGGACCCAAACAGUAACCAGCCAGACACAGGUGAAACAGGAGCUGAAGCCCAUGAGGAGGAUCCAGAUGUAUCCCAGGCUGAGGUGACUGAUGCGGACAUUAUGGAUGGUGAGGCAGAGAGUGAUGCUGUGGUUAUUGCAGGGCAACCCGAAGUUUUAACCACUCAAGAGAUGCAGGUGGAAACUGAACUAGAAGAUCUAAUAGACGAGCUGCUUGAGCGAGAUGGAGCUGCAGUCAGUCGUGUUGGGGAAGAUGAGUCACAAGAAGAUGUUUUGAUGGAUGAGGCUCCAACAAAUCUUAGCCAGGCUUCUACUCUUCAGGCUAACAGGGAAGACUCUAUGAACAUCCUAGACCCUGAAGAUGAAGAGGAGCACACUCAGGAAGAGGACAGUAGUGGCAGCAAUGAAGAUGAAGAUGACAGCCAGGAAGAAGAGGAGGAGGAAGAAGAGGAAGAUGAAGAUGAUCAGGAUGAUGAAGAGGGUGAGGAAGGUGAUGAAGAUGAUGACGACGAUUGUUCAGAGAUGGAGCUGGAUGAGGAUUACCCUGAUAUGAAUGCAUCGCCCCUUGUGCGCUUUGAGCGAUUUGACAGGGAGGAUGAUCUCAUCAUAGAGUUUGAUAACAUGUUCUCCAACGCCACUGAUAUCCCUCCUUCACCUGGUAACAUCCCUGCCACGCACCCUUUAAUGGUACGUCAUGCAGACCAUGGCUCUCUCACCCUCGGCAGUGGAACUUCCACAACUCGUCUGGCACAGGGAAUUGGCAGAAGCCAGCGGACACUCCGCCAGAUCACCGCUAAUGCUGGCCACACCAUACACGUUCAUUAUCCUGGCAACAGGCAACCAAACCCGCCUCUCAUACUGCAAAGGUUGCUGGGCCCUUCUGCUGCUGCAGACAUCUUGCAACUGAGCAGCAGUCUUCCGCUGCAGAGCAGAGGCCGGGCACGUCUUCUUGUGGGCAAUGAUGAUGUACAUAUUAUAGCUCGCUCUGAUGACGAACUACUGGAUGAUUUCUUCCACGACCAGAGUACAGCUACUAGCCAGGCCGGCACUCUAUCCAGUAUCCCAACUGCACUAACCCGAUGGACAGAAGAAUGCAAAGUGCUGGAUGCUGAGAGCAUGCACGAUUGUGUAUCAGUGGUAAAAGUCCCCAUAAUAAACCACCUAGAGGCUCUGCGCGAUGAGGAAUUGGAGGAGCGAAGGGAGAAGAGGCGCAAACAGCUAGUAGAAGAGGAGGCCAAGAUGGCAGACAAAGCCAAAGAGGAGAAAGAUUCUAAGGAGCAAAACCCUCAGGCUGUCAACUCUAAGAGGAACGCCUCAUUUGAGCUGAGCCUUGCAGAUCAAGAUAGUAGUGGCCGUCCUGAGAACUUCCCAACUGCCCCUUCUUCUGCCGAGGGAACACCAACAAGCCCAGAAUUGGUUCCCUUGGACCCGUCUCUGCGUGCUCAUCCUCCAGAGGCCGUUUUGGCAGACCUUCCUCAAAGCCUGCACACAGAUCCUUGCUCAGAAGAUACUGGGCAACUUCUGAUUCCAGCUGAGGAAGAGGAGUCUGGACCCGGUAGACCCAAUGCAGAGGGGGAUGCAACUCAAAUGGAGCUAUCACCAGCACCAACCAUCACCUCCUUAUCCCCAGAACGUGCAGAGGAUUCAGAUGCUCUAACAGCUGUUAGUAGUCAGUUAGAGGGCUCUCCAAUGGAUACCAGUAGCCUUGCAUCAGGUCCACUGGAGGAAGGAGUUGGAGAGGCUUCUGGAGUUGUAAAUCCAGACCAGCCCCUUGUGGUCACCAGUAGUAUUGCAGUGGGACAGCAGGCAAUGGAACCUCCUUCUCCAAACGAGGGUCAGGCGCUAUCGCAGCUCAGCAAUGAGAGCUGUCCAGUAGCUCCCUCUGUGGAGUUGUCAUCUACCAGAGACCCUGCUGUAGCAUUGUUGGCAACAGAUUCUAGUGGUAUUCUGGAAGAACCUCUGCCAUCCACAAGUAGUGAAGAGGAAGACCCGUUGGCAGGUAUCAAUCUACCUGAGGGAGUGGAUCCAUCUUUCCUUGCUGCUCUUCCAGAAGAUAUUCGCAGAGAGGUCCUUCAAAACCAACUGGGCAUCAGGCCACCUGCUCGGGCACCCCCUACUGCUGCUCCGGUCAUUCCUCCACCUGUUGUGAGCAGUGCUGGGGUCACAGAGGUCAGCCCAGAAUUUCUUGCUGCUUUACCUCCUGCCAUUCAGGAAGAGGUUCUAGCACAGCAAAGGGCAGAGCAGCAAAGACGAGAACUUGCCCAGAGCACCACCUCUGACACCCCAAUGGAUCCAGUGACCUUCAUCCAGACACUGCCAUCAGACCUGCGGCGCAGUGUUUUGGAAGACAUGGAGGACAGUGUUCUAGCAGUGAUGCCGCCUGAUAUUGCAGCUGAAGCACAGGCACUGCGCAGGGAACAAGAGGCACGGCAGAGACAACUCAUGCACGAGAGACUCUUUGGUCACAGCAGCACUUCAGCCCUUUCGGCCAUCCUCAGAAGCCCAGCAUUUACCAGUCGUCUAAGUGGAAACAGAGGGGUACAAUACACACGAUUGGCAGUGCAGAGAGGAAGCACUUUCCAGAUGGGUAGCAGCAGUACCCACACAAGGCCAGCGGGAAGUAAUGUGGACAGCUUGCUGCGGCUACGCGGACGACUGUUGUUGGAUCAUGAAGCUCUCUCCUGUCUACUGGUCCUGCUUUUUGUAGAUGAGCCAAAGCUAAACACCAGCCGCCUGCACAGGGUCUUGCGGAACCUCUGUUACCAUGCACAAACCCGCAAUUGGGUUAUUAAAAGCCUUUUGUCAAUCUUGCAGAGGAGCAGCGAGAGUGAACUCUGCAUAGAGAGCACCAAGUCUUCUCUCGGAGGCCCUGAUAAAAGGGGAGCUGCCAAGGCGUGUUCCAGCCAUGAUAACCGUCCCCUAGAACUGCUGCAUAAAAUGGAAUCCAAAAACUCUAAUCAGCUCUCCUGGCUCUCUGUGUCAAUGGAUGCUGCCCUUGGCUGCCGAACGAAUAUCUUCCAAAUCCAGAGGUCAUUAGGGCGCAAACACACAGAGAAACAUGCUGCUUGUGGUUCUACUGUUCAUAUACACCCACAAGCUGCUCCUGUGGUUUGCAGGCAUGUGCUGGACACUCUGAUACAAUUAGCCAAGGUGUUCCCUAGCCAUUUCACGCAGCAGAGGACCAAAGAAUGCAAUGUAGAAAACAGUGAAAAUAAGGAGAGGAGUAUAAAACUGACUUGUAGUCCUUGUCUUACUCCAUCCAGCAACAGUGGAGCAAGCAACAUCUCCACAGACUUCUGGGACUUGUUAGUAAAGUUAGACAACAUGAAUGUGAGUCGGAAAGGUAAAACCUCUAUAAAAUCUGUGCCUGUGAGCUCUGGAGGAGAAGCUGAAAGUUUGCAAUGUAGCCUGGAAUCCUCCCCAUUGGGACAACUCAUGAACAUGUUAUCUCAUCCCGUCAUUCGACGGAGUUCGCUGCUUACAGAGAAACUGCUCAGACUCCUCUCCCUUAUCUCCAUUGCCUUGCCCGACAAUAAAUUGCCAGACGCUAUAGCUAAUCAGAGCAAUGCCAUUGCUCCUGCUCCUGCCCCUACACCUGCAACAGCGCCAGUACCUCUGCCCGUUCCUGCUGUAACCGUACCGACGAUUGCCAACACAAGCUUGGUGUCAACGGUGAUGAAAAGUAUUAAGUCCGCAGCUAAAUCGAAUGAGUCCGGCGCGCCUGACAAGAUGGCUGCCUCAGGGCUCACAGAAAAACAGCUGCAGCUCUCUGUUGAGGUUCUGACCUCUCAUUCAUGUUCAGAAGAAGGAUUAGAGGAUGCAGCUAAUGUGUUAUUACAACUAUCCAGAGGUGACACUGGGACACGGGACACUGUUCUGAAAUUGCUGCUCAGUGGGGCCCACCAUUUGGGCUACACUUUGUGUAAACAGAUAGGUACCCUAUUAGCGGAAUUGCGAGAAUAUAAUCUUGAUCAGCAGAGACGUGCCCAAUGCGAGGCCCUCUCUCCUGAUGGCAUGCCCGAGGAACAGCCUCACAACACCAAGGCAAAGGGGAAGAUGCAGAGCAGGUCUCUCCCCACCCCGUCUCUGCGAUCUAGGUUUGACAUUGCAGAGAACGUGAUUAUCGUGGCCUCCCAAAAGCGACCGCUGGGAGGCAGAGAACUCCAGUUACCUUCAAUGUCAAUGCUGACGUCAAAGACCUCCACACAAAAAUUUUUCCUGCGAGUACUGCAGGUUAUCAUCCAGCUCCGAGAUGACACCCGAAGAGCCAACAAGAAGGCCAAGCAGACCAGCAGACUAGGGGCUGCCAGUCUGGCCUCGGCUAGCAGCAUCCAGGCAGCUGUGCAACAGCUGGAGGCUGAGGCUGAUGCCAUUAUACAAAUGGUACGUGAGGGUCAAAGGGCGCGGAGACAGCUGCAAACUGCAACGGCGGAGGGUUCUACACGCAGGGAGGAGUCUCCUAUGGAUGUUGACCAGCCGUCACCCGCCACACAGGAUACUCAGUCAGUUGGUUCCGAAGCUUCUCAGGCUGCUGAAAAGAAAGAGGAGGAGAGGUUGCCGGAGUUGCCCCUGCUGAGUGAGCAGCUGAGUCUGGAUGAAUUGUGGGACAUGUUAGGAGAAUGUUUGAAAGAGCUGGAGGAGUCUCAUGACCAGCAUGCUGUGCUAGUUCUCCAGCCUGCCGUCGAAGCCUUUUUCCUGGUCCAUGCAACAGAAAGAGAAAGCAAGCCUCCUGUACGGGACACCCGGGAAAGCCAGCUAUCUCACAUAAAAGAUGAGCCCCCACCCUUAUCUCCAGCUCCCCUCACCCCUGCCACACCUUCUUCCUUAGAUCCCUUCUUUUCAAGGGAACCCUCAUCUAUGCACAUCUCAUCUAGCCUGCCUCCCGACACACAGAAGUUCCUACGCUUUGCAGAGACACACCGCACUGUGUUAAAUCAAAUACUCAGGCAGUCCACUACUCACUUGGCUGACGGACCCUUUGCAGUACUUGUGGAUUAUAUCAGAGUUCUGGACUUUGAUGUCAAACGCAAAUAUUUCCGCCAGGAGCUUGAGCGGCUGGACGAAGGGCUGCGAAAGGAAGACAUGGCUGUACAUGUGAGACGAGACCAUGUGUUUGAAGACUCGUAUCGGGAGCUACAUCGGAAAUCCCCAGAAGAAAUGAAGAACAGAUUGUAUAUAGUGUUUGAGGGGGAAGAAGGUCAGGAUGCUGGUGGACUUCUGAGAGAAUGGUACAUGAUCAUCUCCAGGGAAAUGUUUAAUCCUAUGUAUGCUCUGUUCCGGACGUCGCCUGGGGAUAGAGUCACCUACACAAUCAAUCCUUCCUCCCACUGCAACCCGAAUCACCUCAGCUACUUCAAGUUCGUCGGUCGAAUAGUCGCUAAAGCAGUGUACGACAACAGGCUGUUGGAGUGCUACUUCACGCGGUCCUUUUAUAAACACAUCUUGGGAAAAUCAGUCAGAUACACAGACAUGGAGAGUGAAGACUAUCACUUCUACCAGGGAUUAGUCUAUCUGCUUGAGAACGAUGUCUCCACACUGGGGUACGACUUGACAUUCAGCACUGAGGUUCAGGAAUUUGGUGUCUGUGAAGUCCGUGACCUAAAGCCCAAUGGUGCAAACAUUCUGGUUACAGAAGAUAACAAGAAGGAAUAUGUUCACCUUGUGUGCCAGAUGAAGAUGACAGGUGCAAUCCGCAAGCAGUUGGCCGCCUUUUUGGAGGGUUUCUAUGAAAUUAUUCCCAAACGUCUCAUCUCCAUAUUCACAGAGCAGGAACUGGAGUUGCUCAUUUCUGGCUUGCCCACCAUAGAUAUUGAUGACUUGAAAUCCAAUACCGAAUAUCACAAGUACCAGUCGAACUCGAUACAGAUUCAGUGGUUCUGGAGAGCGUUGCGCUCCUUUGACCAGGCAGACAGAGCCAAGUUUCUUCAGUUUGUCACUGGAACUUCCAAGGUCCCCCUGCAGGGCUUUGCAGCUCUAGAGGGAAUGAACGGCAUCCAAAAAUUCCAGAUACACCGAGAUGACCGAUCCACAGACAGGCUGCCUUCGGCCCACACGUGUUUUAACCAGUUGGACCUUCCAGCCUACGAGAGCUAUGAAAAGCUACGUCACAUGCUGCUGUUGGCCAUUCAGGAGUGUUCCGAAGGGUUUGGCCUGGCCUAGGAUUAUCCCGCUGUGUAUGGUUUCUACUGCUGGACAUUAAAGAGAGAAUAAGCAAAACCAAGCCAUGCAUCUAUCUCGCUCACCCUGCUGGCAUCAAGGAAGAGGGACUUGCCUUCUAAAAGCUGCCGUCUGUCUCCGGUUCCCUUCCAACGGCGAACUGGCUGUGCUGAGACUUGAAAACACUGCUCUGAGGAAUGUAGAGAACGGAGAGGAGCAGGGGGGAAAAUUAUAUAGUAUAUAAAUAUAUAUAUUUUUUUUUUCUGUUUUGCUUUUCUUCAGUUUUGCCUAUGGAUGAGUUGAUGCACUCAACUCUUCUAAAGAAAAACCUCUGAACGCAGGGUAGAGAAGCUGGUGAAAAUGGUUACAAAAAGAAAAAAAAAAUUUGAAAACGCAAAGAACCAAUGGAAGAGGAGGAAACUAGAGCACUCAUUAUGAAACAGCCACUAUUCCAACGCUAUUUUUUUCAGCUUCAAAUAAAAUACUGAGGUGUUUACCUGUAAAUAAACCACUGAAUGGAAAUACCCUAUCAA